AUGGCGCCAGAUUCAUAUUAUAUCAAACUGAAUAUUGAUGGUGCUAAAGAUGAUGUCAGAGACCUUGCGUUUGAGAGUCUCUUUCGGGAUAAGGGCAGAAAGUGGAUUAAGGGCUUUGUAGAUGUCUUUGGUGUGACGUCCAUUUUGGAAGCUGAACGUAGAGCUAUCCUUAUUGGCAUACUUUUAGCCUCGCAGAUGGAAAUAAGGAAGUUGAUGAUUGGGAGUGACUGUAGGAUGGCAGUUGAUAUGAUUAAUAGAAGAUGUGCAAUCCCGACAGAAUACAAGAAGCUGGUCGCACAGAUCCAGUAUCUUAUGAAACCAGAUUGGGAUACAAACCUCAGCCAUACUUUUCAUAGAGCUAACCAAGGUGCAGACUUCCUCGCAAAAUUGGCUACCCACAAUGCCAAGGGUUUACAAGUUCUGGACUCUCCUCCACCAGAAGUCAUGUGA